AUGUCGCGCGCGUCUUCUGCGUCUGGGGGCGCUUCUUCGCCCCGACGCUCCUCCAGACCUGUCCGCGCCGCGUCUCCGCCGCGGCGUCUCGGGUGCUGGGCGCUGCUCUUCGGCCUCUGCGCGUUGCUCGCUGUCUCGUCUCCUGGAUUUUAUCCGUGCGUCUCCGCAGCUGCUGCGCGCGAGGCAGGCCAGGAACCGCGGCGUCUAGGGGCGUUCGUGAAUCAGCUGAUUCAGAUGGGAACGCAGUUCGUGAUGUAUCCGGAGAUGGCGAAGAUGCUGCGGACGCAGGGUCAGACGCUGAAGUCGAUCCUGAAGGGACCAGACACGCGGGACCUGAAGAUUCAAGUCUACUUUGACCAGGCAGGCUGCGUGGUUGUGUUCGACACGAUUGCCAACCAAGAGAACGGCGACAACACGGACCUCGGGCUGAUCGACGCGCGAUCGAUCGAGGUGCUCUUCAGCUACGGGGAGCACGAGGCGUCGGAUGGAGAACGAAGGCUGGAACUACUACCAGGUCUUGGACUGGUUCGACACACCCACCCCGCCACACAGCAUGGUCUUCGACGCAGAGCGCUGCCUCAUGCACUUCAGGUACAACUCUCACGACCCGGAACGCAGCGUCGUGUCUUGGCUGAAGAACCGCCAGGGUGUGCGUGUCGACGUGCGAGAGCUGAACGGAGAGAUCGUCGCGAUCAAGACGACGAUCGUCAACGGUUGCGGCGCGGUCGACCUGCAGGACAUCGAAGUCACGCAGAAGGCACUCGAGGACAACUCGUACAAAAUUCUCGUCCACUUCCGACACGCAGACGCCCACCAAAACGUCUUCAACGACACCGUCGUCAUCCCCAGACGCCCCGACAUCCGCCCUGCUCAAGACUUCGACUAUUACAACGACGACCAGCUCGAAUUCAGCGACUUCUUCCCCAAACACCCCGUCUCCAACCUCGGCGUCCUAGGCAGACUCCGCAUGGACUAGACAGUGAACUUCGCACACGCGAUCGCCUUCAUCUCCUUUUCCUUGUUCAGUCGUUCAAACGCCGAAGCAGAGGGGGGGGGCGACCCAGGAAAGCAACGUGGUGGACGCGAGCAGCAGAGAAAGCACUGUAG